AAGGAUGGCAGUAAUGCUCCACUUUUUGGUCGAAACCAAAAUACUCUCUCGCCAGAAGAAGUAGAAGAGGAGCGGGACCAAAGUAGCGUCUCUGAUUUUAUCAACGUAGCUGGAACUGCAGUGCAUGUUGCCGUUUGCAAGGUAAAACACAUGUCUUCGGAUGUGGUUGAUGUGGAUGACGAUGAUGUGGAGUUUGUAUCCGAGGGUCCUCUUAGACCUGUACUGGAAUUCAUUGACUUAUCCAGUGAGGAUGCUGACGAUGACGAAAAGCCUAUGGAGGAUGAGAUUGACAAGCACAAAGCGCAGGUCACUUCAACUUUGGACAGGCUUGCCCUGCAAGUCGCUGCAGAAAAACAAGAUAGAGCUGACAAAUGCAAGGCCUUCAAGAGAAAGGUGAUCUCACAGCAGGCUCAUGGUAGACAAGAACUGGCAGUUAGUCACAGUAAUGGGGAGACUCACAGUGCCAAGCGAUGUGUUGAUAUGUGGUUGAAAAUGCCAGGAGUGAAGCCCGGAGUGAUUACCAGUGGUAUGGGAUGGCGAAGGCAGUCAGCGGCCUCUGCUAAUAUGUUCAAGGCCAGUCCUCAGACCUGUCCAGUGGUCAACUGCGGCCGCGUGUACGAGAACAAAGCUCUCCUCGAGGGACACCUCAUAAGAUUUGACCACUCGCCUUGUGACCCGAGUAUCUUUCUCAAGGGGUCCCCCUCAGUUCAGUAUGCUUGCGUUGCCUGUGGUUGGCAUUUUGACACCAAAGAUUCAUGGAGGGAGCAUCAACAGUCUAAGAUAUCCUCUUCCAAUCCCGGGAGUCAUGGAACCUCUCAGACCUGUCAGCAGAUAGCAUGCUUUGCUUGUCCUGCUUGCUGCUUCCUCUUCAACAUCAGGGAUGAGUGCCUUCGGCACAUGGCGGAGAAAGAUCACUUCUCGGAGUGCGUUAAAGGCUUUGCUUCAAAAGACGUAGCCACACCGAUACCUGUUCCCCGGUACGCCAAGAACCGUCUCGUAGCCCUGUGCAAGGACGUGGCCUUCAGCGUCCGCUGCUCAGGGUGCCACAAACGGCUACCCUCUCACAUGGAGGCCCGGGCACACUUCAACGUCCACUGUAGAAACGCGACCGCUUUAGCUGUGGCUGACCAGACGGUCGCCGAGGUGAUGCGGCAGCUGAUCAUACGAGGCCGCUGCGCCGCGUGCUCCGAGAUCUUCCAGCGCCAGGAGGAGCUGGAGGAGCACAAGCGGCGCACGCAGCACGCCGUGGAGCUCAGCGGCAGCAUGGAGAAGGCCGUCCUGCUCUACAGCCACCACCAGGAGAGCCAGGUCUCCCACAGAGCGCUGGCCGCAGCGCCGUCACCGUCGCCGGGGACGUCCAAACGCCUCCGGGGCCAAACGGGCUCUCCGCAGGCACAGGGCAGCCGCUUCGGCUCGCCCGCCAAGAGGAAGAGGCCGGCCGGCUCCCACGACUCUGGCGGCGGCGGCGUCGGUAGGCCCCGCCGUGGCAUGACCAAGGUGUGGUACUGCGAGUGCGACCUGCGGUUCGCGGACGAGGCCCUGGCGAGCCAGCACCUGCUGGCGUCCAAUCAGAUCUUCCACAAGUGCGGCGUCUGCCACAAGCUGAUGGGCGAGCCGUCCGUCGCCCGGCUGCACAUGAGCCGUUUCCACGGCGGCGCGCACCUCUCCAACUUCCUGCUGCACUGCCGCCCGUGCCGCGUGGACAUGCCGCGCAUGGAGGACAUCAUGGCGCACGUGGGCACCGUGCACGAAGGACACACCUUCUACCGGGAGAGGGAGGAGGAGGCAGCAGUGGCGGCGGCGGCCAAAGCGGCGGCCAAAGCGCGCGUUCUAGAACAGCCGGGUCACGCGUCCGCUCCCGGCAGGAGGCCCGGGACCGGACCGGAACCGGGCCGGGGGCCAGCGUCCCCCGAGAAGCAGGCGUGGCUGUGCCGCAUGUGCGAGGACCUGUUUGAGUCGGAGGCGGCGGUGGCCGAGCACUGCGGAGACCUGGCGGCGCACAGCUUCCAGAGGUUCGCCUGCGCCCACUGCCCGCAGAAGUUCUUCAAGGAGGCCACGCUGCGGCGGCACUGCCACGCCGAGCACCCGGGCCUGCCGCCGCUCACGCGCUUCUUCUGCGGCCUGUGCGAGAGCAUGCUGUACGACGCCGAGCCGGACUUCCUGCGGCACUACGCCGGCCUCCACGGCAAGGACUACUACUGCAUGGACGCGCCCCAGCCCAGCACCUCUGCCGCCGCCGCCGCCGUGCAUCAGCAGGUCCCGGAUCAGUCCGACGACGCCACCGCCGACGCCACCACCGCCAUGGACGUGGACCCUGAGCGGGCGUGUCCCUGCAUGAGCGAGGAGCUGCCCAGGGACAAGGCCAAGGCCACGUACACGCGCUGCAUGAAGCGGAUGGCGGCCGAGCGCAAGUGCAGCUACGCCUGCGGCCUGUGUGACGCGCAGCUGCCGUCCUACGGCCAGAUCAAGACGCACGUGCACACCAAGCACGGAGGGCCCGCGCAGGCCAAGGGCUUCACGGUCGCGUGCGGGGCGUGCUCGGAGAAACACGAGGACGUGCCGGCCUUCCACACCCACUACCACGCCCAGCACUGCCCCCUAGAGCCCUGCGCGAGCUCCCGCAGCUGCGUCCAAGCGGCCGAGGCCUCGACCUCCUCGACCGCCUCGACCUCCUCGACCUCCUCGACCGCCUCGACCAGUACCAAGAUUCUGCAUGCCGAGGAGAUCUGUCCGGAAAAGCAUGGCAAGUGUUCUCCGACAAACGACGUCCACAUGGAAGAAUAUGAGGACGUGAAGCAGGUCAUGUCACUGGCGUCUUCGGGGAAAGAAGACAAGAAAUCGGACGAAGAUGAGUCAGACGAUGAGUUGAAACGCGUCCUGGCCUUAAGUGAGGAGGAGGCCAAGAAGCCCACGCCAUUUGAUAAUGAUGUUCAUGCAUCAGCGUGACCUCAAUGUAGAAAUGGAGGAAGCUUUAAGGAGAAGUCUUGAAGAGUUCUAAUAAUUGCAGAGAACCUUGUAUGUCUUUUUUUUUUUUUUUGCUGUUCUUUAUAUUUGUUGUUGUCCAAAACAUACACACGGGUAUGUGUACAGGUCAUGUCUGCCUGUUUGUAAAUUAUUUUGAAUAAAACUGGAAUGCUUUACAAUUG